AUGGGUCAAUUUCAGGCCAUGCACAAAUAUUUAGUUGUUGUUGUUGUUCUAGUAAUGGCUUGCCAUGUAAUUGUUAUAACUCAGGGAAGGCAGAUAAAGGCAUUAAAGAAGAACGAAGACACUGCUCUGCCUGCAGCAGAGAAGGCUGUUAACUCAGUCUUCACAACAAAGGACGACGUGAAUGAUGUCUAUGAAGAUUCAAAUGGAGAUGAUCAAGUGAAUGCUCAUCGACCUACAACGCCAGGAAACAGUCCUGGGGUUGGUCAUCGAAGAUUUGAAGAAGACAACAAAAAUAUGAAAACGAAGUUUCACGUGGCAGACCAGAGUCCUCCAAACGCUGAAUAUUCUUUGACCGCAGGAUCAAAAGCUCACUUCACCAAACCUACACCCCCAUAUUUCAGCUGUGGUGCUGGGCUUGCUCCUCACCGAGAGAUAAAAACCUAAGAGCUUAGUUAUU